CAGUCGGAGGUUUUUGGGGAAGGAACUGGUGUCUCGAGACUGUGUUGUUUAUUUACAUUUGUGGCGUGCAUCCUCCUCGAAAACCCUUCAAAAUGCGGGGAGAUGAAUCUGAUUCCGAGUCUGGGAAAGCAGAUGAUGGUUCUGUCAAGAAGAGCCUCGAAGCCCUUUGUCAAGAGCUGAAUAUGGACGAAGAAACAGCAACUGAAGCCAUGCAAAACUUCACUGCGAUUUGGAAUACAUAUACGCUGGAGGGCGAGGUUGUCCACUGGCUGGCGUGUGCCCUCUAUGCGGCGUGCAGGAAAGGCUCUACGCCCACCGUGGGCCGGGGCGUCAUGGAAGGCAACUGUGUGUCUCUGACCACAAUCCUCAGGUCCUCCAAGCUGAGCUUAAUUCAGUUCUUCAGCAAGAUGAAGAAAUGGUCAGAUAUGUCCAGCCUGUCCCAGGACUUCCGGAACCGCAUCAGCCGCCUGGAGAGGAAUUUCGAGGUGUCCACGGUGAUCUUCCGCAAGUUCGAACCGAUAUUCAUGGACAUGUUUCAGGACCCGCAGGGAGAACCUCCCAGGCAGCCGAGGAGCAGGAAGCACAGACGUCUUCCCUGCCACAUCAGUGAUGUCUUCAAGUUCUGCUGGACAUUGUUUGUGUACACAAAGGGUAAUUUCCAAAUGAUCGGCGAUGACUUGGUGAACUCGUACCACUUGUUGCUCUGCUGCUUAGACCUGGUGUUUGGCAAUGCCAUGCUCUGCAACAACAGGAAGGACCUCAUCAACCCUCAUUUCAGAGGGCUGCCCGCUGAUUGGCCGGAGGUGAUGGCCUCCUCAGGCGACUCGCCGUGCGUGAUUGACAAACUGUGUGACCUUCACGACGGGCUGGUGGUGGAAGCCAAGGGCAUCAAGGAGCACUACUUCAAGCCCUACAUCAAACGCCUCUUCGAGAGGAAGAUACUCAAAGGGAAUGACAGUAACUUAACAGAGCUGCUGGACACUACCAACUUCAUUGAUAACAACAAAGCCAUAAACCGUGAGUAUGAGGAGUAUGUGUUGACGGUGGGCGACUUUGACGAGCGCGUGUUCCUGGGGGCGGACGCGGACGAGGAGAUCGGGACGCCGCGCAAGGUCACCACGGAGACGGCCGGGGGGCAGAUGUCCGCCCGCUCACAGGUGGAGUCCAGCCUGCAGCAGCACUUCGAGAAGACCCGCUCGCUGGCGCCCUCUACCCCUCUGACGGGGCGGCGCUACCUGAAGGAGAAGGAGUUGCUGGUGACGCCGGUGUCCUCGGCCACCCAGAGCGUCAGCCGGCUGCAGAGCAUGGUGUCCGGCCUCCGCAGCGCACCCAGCGACGCCCUGCUCAGCAUCUUCAAGACGUGCUCACGGGAUCCCACAGAGACCAUCCAGACCCGGGUGAAGACGCUGGGGGAGACGUUCAAACAGGCCUACACCAAAAACACAGACGACAUGGCGGGCUCACACAUGGAUUUUGCUGAAAACCGCUUGAAGAUUGCUGAAGUGCUGUACUACAAGAUUCUGGAGAAUGUGAUGGCUCAGGAACAGAAGAGACUCCAAGGAAAAGACAUGACUGUGCUGAUGGAGCAGGACAUUUUCCACUGCUCCCUGAUGGCCUGCUCCCUGGAGGUGGUGCUGUUUGCCUACAGCUCCCAGAGGACCUUCCCCUGGAUCAUCGAGGUCUUCAAACUGCAGCCCUACUACUUCUACAAGGUGAUUGAGGUGUUCAUCCGGUCGGAGGAGGGCCUGUCCAGAGACAUGGUGAAGCACCUGAACAGCAUCGAGGAGCAGGUGCUGGAGAGCCGAGCCUGGGGCCGGGACUCAGUGCUGUGGGAGGCCCUCAAGGCAGCCAACAACAAGGUCCCCACCGUGGAGGAGGUGAAUUUCCCCAGUAACUUUGACACGAGUAGCAGCAGCAGCAGCAGCAACAGCACCAACAACAGUGGGGGUGGAGGGGGGGGCCCUACGCACCUGCCCCUCAUGGCCCUGUCUCCCAUCAUACACCCCCGCAUACGAGAGGUGCGCAACGGCAUCGGCAGCGCUCGCAAAGAUGUUCCCCAGUCGCCCAUCUCGUUGCACGACCGCUACAGUUCCCCGGCGGCGGGCAGCGCGGCCAAGAGGCGGCUGGUGUGGGACGACCCCACGCCCCUCCCCCAGCAGUCUCCCAUCAAGAGGAUCUCGGUCACGCCCAUCAAGAUCAUCCCCACCUCCACCUCCGCCUCCUCCUUCCCCACACAGGCCACAGCCACCACCACCGUGCUCUCCAUGACCGCCAACGGACAGCAGCUCAACAUCCCCCUGCCAGCGGUGAAGAACGAGAUGGGAGGCAUCACGGUGAUCCAGGUGCAGUCGAGUGACGUGUCGCCGCUCACAGCUCAGGUGCUGCUGACCGCCUCCCCCGGACGCGCCCUCACCGCCGCCCCCAUCACCACGGCAGCUCUCCUCGAGCCGCCCGCUUCCACCAAGCCCCGCCGCACAGGCUCACUGGCCCUCUUCUUCAGGAAGGUCUACCACCUGGCCAGCGUGCGCCUGCGGGACCUGUGCCUGAAGCUGGACAUCUCGUCGGAGCUGCGGGGGAAGAUCUGGACAUGCUUCGAGCACUCCAUCCUGCAGAGCACAGAGCUGAUGAGGGACCGGCACCUGGACCAGCUGCUGCUGUGCGCCGUCUACAUCAUCUCCAAGAUCACAAAAGAGGACCACACUUUCCAGGACAUCAUGAAAUGCUACCGCAGCCAACCACAAGCCAGCAGCCAUGUGUACCGUAGUGUGCUCAUCAGGAAGUUCAGCAAGGAGCCCCCAUCAUCAUCAGCAGCAGGUGGAGAUGAGAACAUGGAGGUGGACCAACCUGCUGGAGACGUGUCGGGUGGUAAGAAAGGCGAGGGUGCGGGGUCGCCAGGGGAGGUGGAGUGGGAGGAGGAUCGUGGGGACCUGAUCCAGUUCUACAACUCUGUCUACGUGCUGAAGAUGAAAGGCUUCGCCCUCAAAUACGCCACAAGCAGUGUGGAGAGCCGGCUCAGGAUGGAUGCUCCUCCGCUCUCCCCGUUCCCGUCGGUGCGUGCUCAGCCUCUGUCCCCGCGCCGCAUCUCUCAGCGUCACUCCAUCUACGUGUCCCCACACAAGAACGGAGGCUCCUUCACACCCACCUACACGUACAAGUUCACCGGGAGCCCAUCUAAGGAGCUGAGUGAUAUAAACCGUAUGAUCCGGCAGGGCGGCGUGAGUAAGAAGCGAGCCUUCACCAUGGAGGGUGACGAGAGCGAGUCUCCCACCAAGCGCCUGUGCCAGGAGAGCGAGGACGUGCUGCUCAAACGCCUGCAGGAUGUGGUCAGCGAACGCGCACACCACUGAUACAGCACGCAGAGACACACACACACACACACACACACACACACACACACACACACACACACACACACACACCAGGACGUGGUCAGCGAACGCGCACACCACUGACCUGAUCCGGCACGCACGCAGAGACACACACACCUGCACACACACUCACACACACACCAGGACGUGGUCAGCGAGCGUGCACACCACUGACCCAUCACGCAGACACACACACACACACA